ACUAUUAUCAGUUCCAUAAAGUCUUAUAUUUAUUGUUAUUAUGAAAUCGUAGCCCUUUUAUUAUUUCAACUACUAGUGAUAGUACUAUUCAUAAUUAUUUUUAUUUUUUGAGUUCUUGAAAUGGGAAAUUCAGGAAAAGGAUUGGUGGGGUGGUUUUUAUUAGGGUUUUUCUUGAUGAUCUUUGGGGGCAAUUAUGAAGUGAAUGGUGCAAAGUUGGCUACUGCAAUGUUCAAUUUUGGGGAUUCAUUAACUGAUUGUGGGAAUAACAAUAACUUGGCUUCUUUGGCUAAAUCUAACUAUGUGCCAUAUGGGAUUGAUUUCUUCAUGGGGCCUACUGGGAGGUUUUGCAAUGGAAGGACAAUAGCGGAUUUCCUGGGUGAACUCUUGGGUCUUCCUUAUAUCCCCCCAUUUGAGGACCCAAACACAAAAGACAGAAAUCUACUGAGUGGAGUAAACUAUGCAUCCGCAGCCGCAGGCAUUCUUGAUGAAACGGGCUACCAACUUGGUGAUCGCAUAAGCUUAAGCCAACAAGUGCUCAACUUUGAGAGCACAUUGAAUGAGCUACGAGGGGUGCUUGGUGGGGUCAACCCUCGUUUGAUGGAGUUCUUGUCCAAGAGCAUUGCUUUCGUUGUGUUUGGGAGCAACGAUUACAUUAACAAUUAUCUGCUCCCCUCUCUAUACACCACCAGCUACAACUACAGUCCCGAGGCCUACAGCAACCUCCUCCUCACCCACUACACCAGGCAAAUCUUGGCACUGCACAGUUUGGGGCUGAGGAAGUUUGUGUUGGCAGGGGUGGGACCCUUGGGCUGCAUCCCUAAUCAGCUGGCCACUGGCUUGGCCCCCAUUGGCUCUUGCGUUACCUAUGUUAAUGAGAUAGUGGGGAGCUUCAACAUUGGGCUUAGGGACUUAGUCACCCAACUCAAUGCCAACCACCCCAAUGCCACCUUCAUUUAUGGCAAUGUCUAUGGGGCGCUUGGCGACAUUCUCCACAACCCUAGCACCUAUGGUUUUAAGGUUGCAAACAGGGGUUGUUGUGGGCUUGGGAGGAAUGAAGGGCAAAUAACAUGCCUUCCACUGGCAACGCCAUGCCCCAACAGGAAUGAAUAUGUGUUUUGGGACGCCUUCCACCCAACUGAGGCAGUGAACAACAUAUUGGCACACAGGGCCUUCACAGGGCCCCCUUCGGUUUGCUAUCCCAUCAAUGUUCAGGAACUGGCUAUGAGAUGAUCAACUUGAAAGGCCACCUAGAGAGAGAAAAUCUAAAUGUUGAAGAGAGAGAGAGACUCUAAAAUGUUGGUGUCAAUGUUCGAUGUAGAGAGAAUCUAAAUGUUGGAGAGAAAGAGAGGCUUUCAACUAAAUAUGUAUGUUUAUAAAGUGUGAAUAAUUCCAAAGAGAGCUGUGCACUGGACAGAACUCUGUUUUCCACCUUAUAUUAGGAUGAUUAUCUUGCGA